GUAUGCGGCAUAGUCUCUCCACUGGCCAAAGCGACGAGGGUAGGUAAUCUUGUUCCAUCUUCUCAUUACCCUUUGCCCAUAACCCAUUCAUGUCCCUUCUUCCUUCUCUUCAAACACCCAAUGUUCCCUUCAUUCCUCAAUUCUAAUCAACCUCGGGACCAGCAACAACAGAGGCAAAAAGGAGAAUGGUUAGCAGGAAGUUUCAAGCCAGAGAAUUUCAUUCCAGGUGUUGUUAUAGGUUUCAUUUUUGGGUUGUUGUUAGAUUUAUCAAAGCCCAGUAGAAAUCACUUGUCCAAGAAAAUAUUCUCAUCUACCAAACUUCAACAGCCACUCUCAGUCUCAAGUAAUGGUGAUCAAGAACUUAAAAUGGUUCUGGUCGUUAGGCAAGACCUAAAGAUGAAGUCUGGAAAGAUUGCAUCCCAAUGUGCUCAUGCUGCCACUGGCAUGUACGCUGAAUUAAUGCAAAGUGAUCGGUCUCUUUUGAGACAUUGGGAACAGUGUGGCCAACCCAAAAUUGUUGUGACUUGCAGGAAUCAACAAGAAAUGAAUAAACUGAAGGAAACAGCUGAGAGUAUUGGCCUUCCUACUUUUGUUGUUGCUGAUGCUGGACGAACACAGGUUUUGGCAGGAUCAAAGACUGUUCUUGCUGUUGGACCUGGACCAAAAUCUUCUGUGGAUUCAGUGACUGGGAGACUGCCCCUGCUUUGACAGCAUUCAAGAAGCAUGUCCUAAUAUGAUGAAUCAUCUAGGCUUGUUGCCACUUGGUCUGUGUUCCAACCUGUUAUCUAGCAUUUAUGGUCUGAUUAGUUAUCCUUAUUGUGGCCGAUGCAGCAUGAUUAAGGUGGUUUUGUAGUUCCUAGUGUUCAAUAGGAGUAAUUUGUAGUUUUCCUUUUUAUACCUCUAAUUGUAUGAAUUUCCGUAUCCUGUCUACCAGGGAUGAUUAAAAAACUUCAUUUGUUUAUUUAUUUGGAUGGGUUGGGUAAACUAUCCUUCUGUACAAAGCAGGAAGUGUCAUUCCUUUUGUUGUGCAUCUGAUAACUGCAUUUUUUAUAAGUUCAAUAUCCUUUUUAUCAA